CCAAACCCAACUCCCACUUGACUACUUCAUGUUCUGCACAAUGUACAAACCAUGCGGCAACCCCUUCCCUCCCUCCACACCAGGUGUGUUUUUCUGGUUUCCAUAUACGUGGUGGUAGCAAUGGCAAUGAUUUUCUAUUUCACGAAGGCAGGGAAGGUGUUGUAUUAGACAGGGAGAAACAGGACAGAAAAUUUGGAUAGUUUGGCUAAGAAAGGGUCCAUACUGUUUUUAUGGGUAAGCAUCAAGAAGGGACAACCAUGAACAAGAAACUGGCAGAAGCAUCCCAGCUCGUGGGGUCAAAUGUACAUCAGAAGCACCAAUUCUAUCCAGUUGCUUCCACAGAUUCAGGAAGUAAAUCCCAAACUUACUGUCAUGUAUGUUUUGGAAACAAUACUUGUCAGAUUGUUCGUUCAAGAACGAAACUGAUGAAUAUUCUGAUUGAAAGGGGGAAGCCCCAUGAAGCUGAUUCUGUUUUUAAGAGUUUAAUAGAAGGAGGACACAAGCCAACUAUUAUAACAUACACGGCUCUUGUUGCUGUCUUGACCCAUCAGAAACGUUACAAGUCCAUAGUUUCAGUCAUUUCCAAAGUGGAAAAGAAUGGUUUGAAGCCUGAUUCCAUCCUCUUCAAUGCUGUGAUCAAUGCCUUUUCUGAAUCUGGAAAUAUGAAUGAAGCCAUGAAAAUUUUUCAAGAAAUGAAGAAGAAUGGAUGCAAGCCUAUAACCAGUACUUUUAAUACUCUUAUUAAAGGGUAUGCAAAUAUUGGUAAGGCUGAAGAAUCUUUGAAGCUACUAGAGUUAAUGUCUCAGGAGAAAAACGUUCAACCUAACGACAGGACAUAUAAUAUUCUGGUUAGGGCAUGGUGUAGCAGAAAGAAUAUAAAAGAAGCAUGGAAUGUGGUGUAUAAAAUGGUGGCAUCUGGUAUCAAUCCUGAUGUUGUCACAUAUAACACAAUAGCAAGAGCGUAUGCUCAGGCUGGGGAGACAUAUAGGGCUGAACAGAUGAUGCCUGAGAUGCAAGAUAACCAAGUGGCACCCAAUGAACGUACAUGUGGUAUCAUUGUGAAUGGAUAUUGUAAAGAAGGCAAUAUGGUAGAUGCCUUGAGGUUUGUCUAUGGGAUGAAGGAGCUACGGGUGCAGCCAAAUCUUGUUCUUUUCAACUCUCUAAUCAAAGGGUUUCUAGAUGUUACUGAUGGUGGAGUUGAAGAGGCACUGACAUUGAUGGAAGAAUUUGGGAUCAAACCAGAUGUUAUAACAUUCAGCACUAUCAUGAACUCAUGGAGCUCUGCAGGGCUUAUGGACAGAUGCCAGGAGAUCUUUGAUGACAUGGUGAAUGCUGGGAUAGAACCUGAUAUCCAUGCAUUUAGCAUUCUUGCAAAAGGCUAUAUUCGUGCUGGAGAACCACACAAGGCUGAGUCACUACUAAAUUCCAUGGGCAAAUUUGGUGUACGUCCAAAUGUUGUAAUCUUCACCACCAUCAUCAGUGGAUGGUGUACUGCAGGAAAAAUGGAGCAUGCGAUUAGAGUUCAUGAGAAAAUGUGUAAACUUGGCAUUUCUCCCAACUUGACCACUUACGAGACCUUGGUAUGGGGAUAUGGGGAAGCAAAACAGCCUUGGAAAGCAGAAGAACUGAUGCAUAUUAUGAAAGAGAAGGGUAUCUAUCCUAGGAGGAAAACUAUCCAACUUAUUGCUGAUGCCUGGCGUUCCAUUGGUUUAAUGAGUGAAGCAAAGAGAAUUACUGGAAAUACAUACGAGGAAAUGACAUCAAAUAAGUUGGAUGAGAAUGAGAUGCCCAAGGGUAGCUUGGAGAAGAUUUUUAAGAAACAAAAUCUCAGAGCUUCACUUUCUAAUCAUUUGCAUAUACCUGGAGUUGCUAAGAAGACUGACCAAAAAGGGUCAUCAUCUACAGCUAAUAUAAGAAGCCAAAUAGUAAGGGAGAUAUACCAGUCUUCAUCAAAAACUAUUAGGACUUCUGGAAAAUUCAAGUUUCUCUCUAGUACAAGUGUGCUUGGAAUGCAACAGCAGACUAUAUGCAGGAAGCAGUUAGAAAGUCCAAAAAUGAUAUACGGGCCAUCUGUGAGUUUUUGCAGAGUGGUCUGCAUAAUCUGAUACAGACUACAGAAACAUGAGGUGAUCGUAUUGCUGAAUUUAAUAGGCACCCUGGAUUUCUGAAGUGCUGGUGAAGUGGUGAUCAUUUCUUCAUCCAAUAUGUAGAUAUUGGAGCUGUAUUUCAACAUACACUUUUGGUUCCAUCGGUUCAUUGAUUAUACAAUUGAUUUGUAGCAAAUUAUGUGCCUGACUAUAAUUUUAUGUACACAGUGUUGAUCAUCAACACAAGAUGCUGUCAAUUUGUUCAUGCCUACAUUAACACACUCUUUGUUCUGAUAAGAGGAUCCGUCUUU